CUUAGGUGACUCAAUGAGAGGAGGGGCUUGGAGGGUCGACACGAAAAACAAAACCGAGGCAUAACGAAAGGGUAAAAGCACUGUUCAUAAAGAUCUCGAACAAGGAAGCAGAUCGUCCCAUUUAAGAACAAAUAAUGGCAGAGACAAAGGACUUAAAAGAAGAUCUUAAGUCUGGAGGAGAUGCGGUAGAUGCUAAUCCUGUUACUGUAAAAGAGACCAUUGAGCAGCCCCAAGAUGAAGACAUGCAGGGGGAUGUCAAGCCAGACCAUGCACACCCCUACAGAUAUAACAUGAACUAUCCAAGCAUCGGCCAAUGUGUUAUCAUUAACAACAAGAACUUUGAUAGAAAGACAGAAAUGAAUACUCGAAAUGGAACAGAUGUGGAUGAAGAAAAUCUCUCCAGUUAUUUCAAAAUGCAGGGUUAUGAAGUAAAGGUUUUCAAAGACCAGACCUGCAGGCAGAUUGAGCAAUGUUUACAAUCGAUUGCCAAGGAAGACCACAGCAAAGAGGCCUCUUUUGUGUGCGCGCUGCUGAGCCACGGAGAUGAAGGGGUGAUUUAUGGAACGGACGGUUGUAUCGAAAUCAAAAAAUUGACCAGCUUUUUCAAGGGACACAACUGCAAGACAUUGGUUGGCAAGCCUAAAUUGUUUUUCAUACAGGCUUGUAGAGGAACGGAGCUAGAUGGAGGUAUUGAAGCCGACAGUAUUGAAAGUGACAGCUCUCCCAUGAGGAUCCCUGUUGAGGCUGACUUCUUGUACGCGUACUCCACUGCUCCAGGCUACUAUUCCUGGAGAAACAAUGUGAGUGGCUCCUGGUUCAUCAAGUCUCUGUGUGAUAUGCUGAGCAAGUACGGCAGGGAGCUGGAGCUCAUGCAAAUCCUUACACGGGUCAACCACAAGGUGGCACUGGAGUUUGAGUCAUCCUCAUACAUUCCAGGCUUCAAUGAGAAAAAGCAGAUUCCGUGCAUCGUCUCUAUGUUAACCAAAGAGGUGCAUUUCUCACAUUAAUUUGUAACAAGAAAAUGUCAAAACCUUACAAAGACAACAAAGAAUACAUUAACUGGGAAAAACAACUGUAUCUAUACCAACAGGCUCUUACUGUUAAGCUGUGAAAAUACAAAUUUUAACCACUGAAUAGGUAAGGGAUGCAAAUUUGUUAAACAGAUAUUAAAAGUAGGGGUUAUAAUUGAUUAAUGAUUAAUCACACCUGUGGGCUUUGACUGAUACCUUGUCUACCGGAGUGUGGAACUGUAUCACAAAAAUGUACGCGAAACAGAAAUCUUGAAAAAUGUUGAAGGGUACAUCCAAAGAUAUUCUGUAUUACCAAGAUACUCAAUUCCGGCUUUACUUGCGGCGUGCAAGGAAUCAUGGGAUAUAAAGAGAGCUUGGGGUCUGUUUUUCUAUUCAUGCCUUUGGAGAGGGGUCGGAUUGGGAUUUAAAAAAAAAAAAAAAAAACUUUUGGAGCCUGUUUCACUGUUGCCCAGGAUCCAUGGAAACACAUACUACUUUGAUGAAUGAUGACAUAACGCAACUGAUAAGAAAAAGUAACUGCAUGCACAGUUAAGAUUACAGGUGUUCUAGUGCUGUGUAAAAUCGUUUUUGUGGUUGCAGCUUCAUGUUUACAUGUAGCAAAAUAGUUUAUUUACUGGAGUUGUAUGGUAAUAAGCAUGUGCGGUAAACAGCGUUAUGUUAAUACUUUAUAUAACUUGUAAUUGUCUUUCAGUACAAUUUUAUAUCACUAGCAGACAGGUGUGAUUAAUCUAUCAUAGAUUGGAUGAUGACUCGAUCAACAGAAAAUAUCAAGAUCAAAACCCCUAAAUUUAAAAGUGAAUUUAUUGAACAGAAAUACAAUUUGUGAAAUACAGGGCCGUAUUUAUAACAAUUAGGGCUCGGCUGGUACUCGUACUAGUUAUUGCCUUUUAAGAAGCAUUUAUCAGCAGGCAUUAAAUAAGUCCAUUCACUAAUGUGUUGAUUUCAAAACAACAAACCAUGUGCUUCCCUCAACUUUACAAUUGAUUUCUUAAUCAGUGGCAACUUCCACAUUGAGUGUUUUAAAAGCCACUCAGAAGCAAUUUGGGAACUUAACAUUUUUACUGCCAUACCGAGACGGACAUGGAUUUAUUUAACACCUGCUAAUAAAUAAUUCUUAAAGGCAAUUACAAGUGUGAGUAUCAGCAGACGCCUAAUAACCUUGCAUGCUUAUUUUAUUUUUAUGGAGAGCAAUUGUAUGUAUUGUGGCUUACUGUAUGUUGGGUGCACUUCAACUCUUACCAGUUUUAAAGGGAUACUUAAUUACUCCUCAUCAACUUGAAUAGCCAUUUCUGUUAGACUGUUUAAGGGGGACUUUAUAAAUCUUGUCUUUAUAUUUCUAGUCAUUUUUUUUGUCAUUGUGUUGUUUUUAUCUGUCAUUAAAUGAAAUGUCUGUUUAGCAGGAAACUCUUCUGCUUUUCUUGGAAUCGGUUUCCAUUUCAGUUUUACAACUCAUCCUGAACAAUCUGAAUGUAUCACCAGCAUAUUUAGGUAGCAUUUAAACCACCUCAAGGUUAAUGGUGUAUCAGGGAGAUUUAUCCUUUAAAUAAAUAGACUACAAUAUUCUGGAGAUGAAUAUGAAAAGUAGACUUUUUAGAGGAGCCAAUUUGCAUUGUGAUAUAUCUUAAACUAGGCACCUGCUGUAUGCACAAUCUUUAUUUCUAUCACUAGGAUAUUAUAAGUAAAUUAAGUCACACUUUUCUCAAACUACUCAUUUAAAAAUAUUAUCUGAAUAGUUUGUUGCCAACCUUAAUAAUAUAUAUUUAAAAAAAAAAAUGAAAUUCCUUCUGACAUUUCUGUACUGUAGGAGGUUCAAACACUUGACUAAAUAUUUUUAAGUAUUUUAUCAGACUUUCGCAAUUAGAUAUUUUGCUGUGGGAAAUUUGUAAGACCAUAAAUCCAAUAUUGGAUUUUAUAGUACAGAAUUUGUGUAUCCUACCUAAAAAAAAAAAAAAAAACCCAAACAUUUCAAAUGCUAAUGUAGAAAAUAAGCAACAAUGCAUACUACAGUAGAUUAUUGUGCCACUCAAAAAUGUGAUCAAGAGGAAUGGCACACAAUCCCCCAAACAUCUAUUUCAGUCACAUUACUAUUAGAUGUUUACCUUCACAAUAAUGUUCUAUUUUCCUUGAAGAAACAAAGGUCUAUCUUAAUGACAUAAAUUAUGGUAGAUGUAAAUACCACCACUCUUUGAAAGUGUAUGAUGUGGGCAAAUUACUCGCAGUGAAAAAAAUGGCCCUUUAACUCUAUUAAUUCAGCUGAGGUUUAAGGACUGGGAACAGAGCACAAGCUAUUAUUUCUAGACUAAUAACUGUAUGUUAUCUGUUUUUUUUAAAAACAUUUUUAGUGUUAAUUUAGUGUGCUGUUAUCUAUGCAAAAAUGUUUUUUUUUGUGUUUCUGUAAGGCAAACGGGAAACAUUUACAAUAAAGAGAAUUGUCUGAAA